CCUUCUACCCCACUCCACUUCUAUCGUCUGGGGAUACAAAUGUUUUUUUAUCCACAUUCGCAGUCCAUCAUUGGAGCCGAAUUAUAAAUCUUAACGUAGAACUACAGUAGUAAACGUAUAAAACCAUGGGACUGACUCUCUGCAGCGCCUGACGCGGAGAGAUUUGAAUGUUUGUUAGAGAGGGACUCUGAAGUAACUGGACAGACUGAAACUUUGUAUCGCCAAACUUUGGCUGGUUGCAGGAGUAACAGGCGAUUCCCAGCACACGAAUGGAUAUCAAAUGAUGCCCGUGGACUGUUUUAGGGGGGUUAUUUCAGUGUGGUUUUGUAGGAAUAGCGCAGUGUAUGCGCAGACGAAGCGCAAAAGUGCUGCGCCGAAAAACCGCAAUCUGAUCAACCCCACAAGCUUUCUGAUCUGAUCAUGGGACAACUGGGAAUGUCUUGUUUUUUCUAACAUCGGCAGUCACGUUUGUAAGAUUUGGGGGUGCGUGCGGAUUACAGCAGCGCCUGCCGACGGAAGAAAGUUUCCUCCAUUUCGUUUUUAAAACAGACUUUUGUGGUGCUAUUUGCGUGCCAAAAUGCCUCAGUUAAAUGGAGGAGGUGGUGACGACCUUGGAGCGAAUGAUGAACUGAUUUCCUUCAAAGAUGAAGGCGAUCAAGAGGAGAAAAUAUCGGAGAACGUGUCGUCGGAGAGAGAUCUGGACGAAGUGAAGUCUUCACUAGUGAACGAAUCGGAAAACAACAGCAGUUCAUCUGACUCCGAACCAACAGACAGGCGUCCCCAUCCCAGAUCCGACCUAGAAAGUUACGAGAAACAGCGGGAGUACUUUGCGGAAGCUCUGAGGCGACAGCAAGAUGGAGGCUUUUUCAAGGGACACCCUUAUGCUGGUUAUCCGUUUCUUAUGAUCCCAGAUCUCACAAAUCCAUACCUCUCGAAUGGGUCUCUAUCUCCCAGCACACGAACGUAUCUACAGAUGAAAUGGCCUCUUCUUGACGUUCCUGGGACAGCGGUUCUUAAAGACUCCAGAUCACCCACACCAGGGCACUUAUCCAACAAGGUGCCUGUAGUACAACACCCCCAUCAUGUUCACCCCCUUACACCCCUGAUCACCUACAGCAAUGAACACUUCUCCCCCGGGACGCCCACAUCUCACCUCUCGCCAGAGAUUCUCGACCCCAAGACAGGCAUACCAAUGACCCCUCACCCGUCAGAGCUGUCCCCAUAUUACCCUCUCUCUCCUGGGGCAGUUGGACAGAUCCCUCAUCCUCUAGGAUGGCUGGUUCCUCAGCAAGGACAGCAUAUGUACUCCAUCUCUCCCGGAGGCUUCAGACACCCCUACCCUGCACUCGCCAUGAACGCUUCCAUGUCUAGUCUGGUAUCCAGUCGUUUCUCUUCUCACAUGGUGCCUCAUCCUUCUCACAGCCUGCACCAGACUGGCAUCCCUCACCCUGCCAUUGUGUCUCCUGCCAUUAAACAGGAGCCCAGUGGCGACAACGCCAGCAACUCAGCACACGGAAAGCCCUCAGUGCCUGUGAAAAAAGAGGAAGAUAAGAAACCUCACAUUAAGAAACCCCUGAAUGCCUUCAUGCUCUACAUGAAAGAAAUGAGGGCCAAAGUAGUGGCAGAAUGCACCCUGAAAGAGAGCGCAGCCAUUAACCAGAUUCUAGGCAGAAGGUGGCACUCUCUUUCACGCGAGGAACAGGCCAAAUACUAUGAACUUGCCAGGAAAGAACGGCAGCUGCAUUCUCAGCUUUAUCCAGGCUGGUCCGCGAGAGAUAACUACGGAAAGAGGAAGAAACGGAAGAGAGACAAUAAACCUGACUCCCCACAAGAGAGUAAUUUCUCACCCCAACCUAAGAAGCAGUGCAUCCCGUACCUGCCGUCCGAGAAAAUGUGUGACAGCCCUACCUCCUCUCAUGGCAGCAUGCUGGACUCACCCGCCACACCCUCUGCUGCCCUGGCGUCCCCAGCGGCCCCUGCGGCCACUCACUCAGAACAGGCACAGCCGCUGUCCCUGACCACCAAACCAGAGGGGCGAGCACACCACCCCCACUUCCCCCUGACAGGGAAAUCCUGUGGUUCGAGCUCCACUUCCAAUUCUUCACCCACUUCCACCACCUCUGUUUCCGCCCAUCCGAGCAUCUCUCUCCACAGCCAGUCAGCAGCCCUCCUCUCUCGCCCCAUCCCCUUCACCACCCUGCCCCCCUCUCUGCUGUCCCCAUCUUCACCUUUCCACCAGGCAGCCCUACAUUCCCAUCAUGCCUUGCUUCAGACACAACCACUCUCCCUGGUCACCAAAUCAGUGGAGUGAAUGGAAUAAAAUGACAAAAUAAACUUUUUUACAACUGUAUAUUGUUUUUUUUUUGUUUGUUUGUUUUUUUUUUAACCUUUUUAUAGAUACUAGACUAAGUUUUUAAGAUAGAAUGAAAAGGAAAAAUUAUUGGUCAAUAUUUGACCACCUCUCUAUUUUGCUUUUCUCUUUGAAACAAAAGUGUAUUUUUUUGUAAAUUGCCUUAUGGUGACCUUUUCCAACGGGAUUCUCCAAUGUUGCUACUUGUAUAAAAGACAAAUGUAUAAAGGUUUCAUUUUUUUAAGACAAACUUGACAAAAUGCAAAUUGUAGUUUUAGUUUAAUUCAGUUUAAUGGUAGUUAGGAGUUUAAUUUUCAAUACAGUUUGGUUUCUCUUUCUUUUUUUUUUUUUUCUUCUUGCUUUUGGUACCAUCUCACCCUUUUCCUAACCCUGUGUGUGACUCUCCUAAGACUCCAUAGCUAAUAAACCUCAAGUUAUU